AUGUACAUACCACAGCAACAAACACUCUCGACACCGGCCAUAUCAGCCUCAGCGGCAGUGAAGGUCCCUACACACACCACCUUUGUCCUCAGGGCGGCGAUUCCAUCUGCAAAAGCAGAGAAAAACAGCACCACCGAAUCUCAUACAACCUCGUUCAACCACGACGCAAUAGCUUUUGUCGCAGUGGUAGUCACAGUACUAUUCUGUCUCGUUACUUUACUAAUUUGGACCUUUUGCAGAAAGAGCGUCCACAGGGAUGAUGACUCCGUCACCAGCUCUAUAACCUCGGAGUCAGCCUGGCGCGUCGAUUUCGACCCGGACUCUCCCGAUAGAUCCGUGGUCGCGAAACACCACAAACGCCUCAAAAAGCUCGAACAAGUAGCACCGGCACAGUCUCUCAGUCACUGGCGUGCCGAGAAGCAGGAAACGCACGUUCAGACCUUCGCGACCGCUUCCACGAGACUGAUCUGCGCCAUCUGCAUAGACCUCAUCCAGGACUCUGACCGGAUCCGUGAACUGCACUGCGGGCACGUCUAUCACUCCCAAUGCUUGAAUCUGUGGGUCGAAAGGGGUCAUCAUGAAUGCCCGUUGUGCAAAUACGAUAUCCUGGACCUCCAGAAGCAGGCAAUGAAAGCUCACGGCUUGCAGGAUGCGGGACGGGUAGAGGAACAGUAUCACGGCUCACCCAAUCCGACCGGGGAUGCCGCUCCUGCCGUGACGACUGACGAACAGCCGGUUCAGAUACAGGACAGUCCUGCUCAGUCGCAGCCGGCUUCGGACGAGGCACAGAACGAAGCAUCGAUCAGCUCUGCUGGCGCCAAUGCCGAAGAAGCACAUUGA